UUAAGAAGCACCAACUAACAUAGUAUUAUAUAUACAUACAUUUGUGUGAGAGGAUUGAAAGAGAAUCAAAGGUUGCAAGUUGGUAGAAAAUGAUGAAGGGUUCAACAAUUGAAGGUGGUGUAGUAAUAUCUCGUAGAAAAGGGUUGGCAAGAGGGUUGUCUAUAAUGGACUUUAUAUUGAGAAUUAUUGCGGCGGUUGGAACAUUAGCUGCUGCAAUUGCCAUGGGAACUACCGAUGAGACGCUUCCAUUUGCAGCUCAGUUUAUAAGAUUCAGAGCUGAAUUUGAUGACCUCCCCUCCUUUGUGUUUUUUGUGGUGGCCAACUCUCUAGUUUGUGGAUAUCUAGUUCUUUCUCUUAUCCUAUCGUUACUCCACAUAGUUAAGAGUAGCGCGGUGAAAAGUAAAUUGCUCCUCGUUGUGCUUGACACGAUUAUGUUGGGUCUGGCGACAGCAUCAGCGUCAGCAGCAGCAGCAAUUGUAUACAUAGCACAUUAUGGUAAUCCAAAACCCAAUUGGUUCGCUAUUUGUCAACAAUACAACAGUUUCUGUGAACGCAUUUCCGCUUCUCUUAUUGGCUCUUAUCUUGCUGCUGCUAUCCUCGUUAUACUUAUCAUAUUUUCAGCUGUUGCAAUCUCCAGAAACUAAUUAUUAUUAUUAUUAAUCUCUUGUGCUGUGUAUGUAUGUUUAGUUUUCCAAUUAUGCUUUUCUUUAAUGAAAAGUUUAAUUUCCUAGUGUGUGUUUAAUUUCUCUAGUGUAUGUUGGGCGCUUUAAUAUACCUAUAUGAUGAGAAAUUUAAAAAUGUUGAACUUGUGUUGUGUAGUUGUACAUUUAUGAGUCAAUGUAUCUUUCUAUGUAUAAUAGGGUUCACUUUCUGUUUCUCAUAAUACCUUCUAAGUUAAUAAACAUGAAAUACUUCAACCUUUCACAUUCUAAUUCCGAACCAAAAAAAGAGAAAGGUUUCAUAUUCUAACGACACACGUGUGUACAUAAA